GCUUUUGGACUCUGUCGCUUUCCGUAGCCAGGUGUUGUGCAGCGCCGCAGGUUCUCGUCGAGGUAUUUAGUGUUUAAAACAACGUUCCACAAUGUCUGGAGGAACCCAACUGGAGAACGCGAACCCCAUGGUGUUCCAGCGGUCCGGAGACAGACUGCUGACCGCGAACGACGAGGAUGAAGACGUCCACGACCCCAUCGACCACAGGGAGAUCUUCGAUCUGAUCAGAUCCAUCAGCGACCCCGAGCAUCCUCUGUCUCUGGAGGAGCUCAAUGUGGUGGAGCAGGUCCGAGUCAAGGUUAAUGACGCAGAGAGCAUGGUGGGCAUUGAGUUCACGCCUACAAUCCCCCACUGCAGCAUGGCAACACUCAUUGGUCUGUCAAUCAAAGUCAAGCUGCUACGCUCUCUGCCAGACAGGUUCAAGAUUGAUGUUCACAUCACUCCCGGGACUCACGCCUCAGAGGAAGCAGUGAACAAACAGCUGGCCGACAAAGAGAGGGUUGCUGCAGCUCUGGAGAACUCGUCGCUGCUGGAGGUGGUCAACCAGUGCCUGACCCCCAACAGGGGCAUCUGAGCGGCCAAUCAGCUUUGUUGUCUUCUGCUCUCAGCCACCGAUCAGCCAAUCAUGUUUGACUCUUGUCUUUGACAACUGAGAUCUGUCGCCAAGCUCUCUAUCUGGCCUUCCCAUCAUCAGUCAAGGUGUGAACAGCUGAAACUGGUGGACACUGAUGCAGCAAAACCAAUUUUACUUCCAUCUGUGAAUUUUGUGGUUGUCAGUGUAAUUCCUGUUUUUUGUGAAUAAAUCUUUAUUUUAACAUAUGCAAUGAAACAUAUUUAGAAUAAUAUUGGGAUUUUCCCUGCCUGUAUAUAAUAUUGAUGCUUUUGACAUUUUAUUAAAAAUGGAAAUUAAAAUUCAA